CCUGUAUACAUAUACCUAUGUGUAAUUUCAUUUCUUACGUUAAAAUGUUUUUAAAACAGAAGUUCCAGUAGUCUAUCAACAUAGGAAACCAGAAUGGAUUGUAUUAGAAAUAGCUUUUGGAUUCUUUUAAGUAUAAUCACUUUAAUCGACGCAGCUCCCCCAACGUUGGAAGAACUAACAGCUCUACAGUGUAACUUUGACAGACCAUUCAAAUGUCUGCCUUAUGGAGUCUGCUAUAACGCAGACGAGUUCUGUCAUGCUGGAACUGUCGAGUCGUGUUUCCCUACGAACGUCAUCACUAACCAGCUGGAGAACUGGUGCAAGACCACUGGUCAGUUCAGACCCGAGUUGAUGAGAGACCCCAAGCUCUGUGCUCUCGCUUGCCAGGCACGGUUCCCCUCACUCAAUCUCUCCAACGCUGUGGAUCAACUGGUCAAUAUAACCUGUCCACGUGACAGACCGUUAAAAUGUCUGCCAGACGGCAUCUGUCACGGUUUUGAUGAGUACUGUCAUGCCGGACAAAACAAAUCGUGUUUGGACGUGACGAUGUCGGAUAAAGAACUUUUGCAGUGGUGUCAGGACAAGGGACAGAGUGACUUAGCCUUAAUGCCGGACCCAGCCUGCAAGUUUGCUUGUCAGGCGAAAUUUCCAUCGCUGCAUCAUGAAGCUUUGGAGAAACUAGCAAACAAAACGUGCCCACUGGAGAGACCGUUAAAAUGUCUGCCUGACGGCAUCUGUCACGGUCUGGAUAAGUACUGCCAUAACGGUAUGGUUACGUCGUGCUUCAACGAGACAAUGAUGGAGGAAGAACAGUUGCAGUGGUGUAUGGAUAAGGUAGUGAUUAACGUCACUUCUAUGCCAGACAAAGCCUGCCAGUUCGCCUGUCAAUUUAAAUACCCAAACUUACUUCGUGCAGUUUUAGAUCAGUUGGUCAAUAAAAGCUGCCCACAAGAAAGACCAUGUAAAUGUCUGCUCGAUGGCGUCUGCCAUGGUUAUGACGAGUUCUGCGAUGCCGGACGAAACAAAUCAUGUUUUGACGAGAGUAUGUCGGAGAAUGAACUCAUGCAGUGGUGUCGAGACAUAAAACCGAAUGACGUCAGUGUGUAUCCACAAUUGUCCUGCAUUCAUGCCUGUCAUGCUAGAUUCCCUUCUAUGUCUAGCCAAGGUGGUGAAAACGGAAUCUGGCUUUAUCUAUUUAUAGGAUUAAUUGUUGUAGUUUUAGUAACGGCUGCCGUAAUUGGAUUAGUUUGGAAAAAACGAGACAAGAUACCUCCUGUAUGCUCUAGAUUUUUGUGUUGCAAGAAGGAAACACCAGUAACAAUAGAAGCUGAAAUCGAUGAAAAUAAUGCCAUCAAUGACAAUGCGGAUAAUAACACUGGUGAGAAAGGAAGAAUGAUGAUGGAUGCUGGUGAUGCUGGAGAUGAUAUCAAUAAAAGAGGAACCAAAGCUGUGAAAAACACCUCAAAAAUUGAAGCACAAUCUUCUGAGGACGAACAACUUAUCGGCGAAAGGAGAGAGUAUGUUCCAGUGCCUGUGGCAGAAGAAGGUAAAGAGGCAGAAGAGGACGAGGAAAUCGUAUAAUAUAAUAUGCCAUUGAAGACAUCCAAGUAUGUGGAUUACAAAAAAAAAAAUCAAAUAAAUAACAAUAAAUUGUAUUAUUUUAGCGAAAGAUGUGUAUUGAGAAUUAAAGGUUGUCUUAUGCUAUUCAAUUACCAGAAGGAAAAAAAUCGUUUUUAUUUGGACUUGUUUAUUGAGAUGGACAUAUCAGAUGGAUAUAAGUUCAUACGUAUUUAAUAACUUUUUUUCGCCUCAACUAACUCUCUGCAAGACUGUUUGAAAAUGCUAUUUCUAUGUUUAGUAAUAAUAACAGUUUUUAGAGUGUAUUAUAUUAUUUUUUACAUAUAAAUUAUUUGAUUGGAACUUCGUGCUUACAAUAGUAUUAAAUUUCAUCACAUGUUAACAAUGAAAUAAUUAAUUAAUGUAUGUUUGAUUUGGUUAAUUCAAAGUAUUUAUACUAUAACCAUGGUUUUAAAGCAGUUUUUAAUUAUAAAAUAAUAUAUAUCAUUCAACAAAAAUGUAUAUUUGAAUUUUACAAUUUUAUUAUUUUUAUUGCCAAUGAAUUAACAUUUUAUCAUUACCUUUUUUUUUGGGAAAAUACACAUUUUUCAGUAUCUUUGUGAAGCCACUAGUAUUCAAAACGGUAUGUAUACUUAAUUUUAAAAACAUAAAUACACUGUCGUUUUUUUUAGUUUUUGUACAUUGUAACCAUUUAGCCUUCUAGUUAACUGUACAGUCUUUGUUGUAGAGUAGUUCCUGUGUAUAUGUGAUCUUUCUUAUAAUACUAAAAAGCCUUGCGUUUUUAAUUACACGGACAGUAAAGAAAACGGGUGCCCGAAAUAUCGAUUUUUUAAAGUUAGUAUAAUCGGGGAGGGGGGGGGGAGGUGAAUCUAGUCUAUGUAAAUGUCCAUUUGAUGAUUUAAACAUGACAAAAUGUAUAUACUACAACAAUUACCAUAUUACUACUUUGUAUUUCAUUAAAUUAUCUUGCUUAUGCCAAGAAACAGACGUAAAAUGUAACGAACACGAUGUAGUCUACUAUAUACGACGCAGCAACAGAAAAUAUCAUUUAAAAACGUUUAUUGUCAUGAACACUGUACACCAGCCUUUGGUUAAUAUGGGGAUGGGGUCACUAAAUAAGCGCUCGUUAAAUAAUUAUUUUUUCAACGUAUUGACGCUAUAUUAAGCAAGAUUGUGCAAAUAAAUAAACAAUUUUAUCUGGUGCACUUAUAACCCCCCGAUCGUGUACAGUGACACACAAUCGGAGGCCAUGUGCUUGAUAAAGACUUUACCAUUGACUAGUCAUUUAGCCAAUUUUUUUAUUGUGUUGUCACCCCUCACUUCUGUUGCUGUUGGUGUUUUUUUCUUCUCCAAUUAUAUUUUUUAUUCUUUGUUAUUUAUUUAUUUCCAACUCUUUUCUGCUUCUUCGUUUUUCCUUGUAAUAUUAGAGUAUCCGCCAACACUAUCAAGAAGUAUUUGUUUACUUCAGACUGCUUUUCUUUCUGGAUUUGCUUUCAUAGCCUUUGUCCAUUGAAAAAAAAAAACAAUCUGCAAGGCCUCAUCUGCUCAGGGGUCCGAAUUCAUGACUUUUGGCAAUUAAACUCUAUCCCGUCCAACUAAAUCGUUCCCCAACACUUUUCAAUAACUCUCAUGUCCUUAUCAAAUCUCCACGCCAGGAUUUUUUUGUUCUUUUUUUUUUGUUCUUAACCUUUGUGGAUUUAACUGUUAAUGUUGUGUUAUACUAUAAACCUAUAAGCAAAUUCCUUGUUUUUAAUUUGUGACACUCUUUUCCAGUUCUUCUUUUAUCGAAUAUCAAAUUGUGUGCAAUGUGUAAUAAUAAUCUAUCUGAAUGUAAUUUUUUUAAGUAUACCAACAGUCUCGGUCUAGAAUCUCGGCCCAAAACAUCCCAUUCAGAGAUUAAUUUUACCAAGUACGUUUUCAGCUGGUGACAACCA